GUUGUUUGGUUGACUUUCGCAUAGGAUCUUCGGAACGCGCGCGGAGUGGUGGCUACGCUGCAAGUAAUUUGGGUGAAGUUUAGUGAGUGUGUGAUUAGAGCUUUGCUGUUUAGUGCCUAGUCGGAGUAAAAAACAACUAUAACAGCGGAACUAUGGGAAUCACUAGAAAAAUUGUCGUCGUUACAUCGACGCUGGUGUUGGCCUUAGGACUGUGGGUCGGUAUGAAGCCAAUCAAAGCACAACUGGAGACGGCAAAGUUUAUGUUUUUCUACGGUUCCAAAUUCGAGGACCAUGAAGUAUAUGAACUUGACCAGGCGGAGAAAAUUGUGCGGCAUGCCAAGUUCGAUCGCAGCAAGAAAACGGUAAUGUACUUCCACGGGUAUAUCGAAUCACCGGAAGUCGAAAGCGUACACGUGAUCGUGGAUGCAUACCAAAAACGGACUGAUCACAACUUGAUCAUUCUGGAUUGGACGCAGCUAGCCGAAGGGAAUUACCUGCUCGAAGCGGUGCCAAAUUGCAAAAAGCUUGGACACAAACUGGCUUCAGUGAUACUUGCGAUGAUCAACUCGGGAUUAGACGUUGAUAAGCUGCAUCUCGUGGGCCAUUCGCUUGGAGGGCAACUGGCCGGUUACGCUGGCCGAACUGUGAUAUCACUGUCUGAUAAGAAGCUUAAGCUUAAGAGAAUUUCAGCUCUAGAUCCUGCCUUCCCACCGUUUUAUCCGGGCGUGUUUGUGACGCACUUGAGCGAAAAAGAUGCAGAAUUCGUGGACGUCAUCCAUACGGACGCGUGGCUUUAUGGAGCCCCAGUUAGUACGGGUACGGCCGAUUUUUGGCCCAACAAUGGUAAAACUUUACAGCCUGGUUGCCCUAAAAGAAACUACAAGCCACUUACGGACAAUGAUCUCUGCAGUCACCGGCGGUCGUGGUGGUUCUGGGCGGAAAGUGUAGCUGAGGGAUCCGCUCGCUGUUUCCACUCGGUGCGGUGUAAGUCCUGGAGUGACUUCAAAGAGGGUAAGGUAGAUCGAACGGCACAGGUAGUGCACAUGGGUAUCGACUGCAGUUCAGAUGCCAAAGGCGAUUACUACCUACAAACGAACGGCAAUCCACCGUAUUCCAAAGGUGUAGUUGGGGCCAAAUACGAAUAGCACAGCCGUGCGUCGUUUAGCAAUACCACUUCUAGACUAGUACAAAAUGUUUGUAAUUACAUAAUUUGGAUUGA